ACAUGGGGACAUAAUCUCGCAAACACAUCACAUGGUAGCAGUUCGUUCCUGGAUGUCUGCAGGUUGACCAUGCUGGACGUGGAGUUGCUGCAGAGACUGCCCUACUCGGACCAGCUCCUUGACCUGGCCAGGCGGUGUGAGAAGUGGCUACCAGGGAGCCUCACCGGCCGGGCUGUUCUGGUAGGGACGGCCGUGGGGGUGGCGGUCUAUCUGGUCACCAAGAAGAGGUACAAGCUACCCCCGGGGCCCCGAGGCUGGCCCCUACUCGGGAAUAUGCUAGAUUUCCAAAAUACGACCAUGUAUGAGAAGAUGAACCAAUGGAAGACGAAGUACGGACCAGUUAUAAUGUUUCAUAUGGGCCCUGAACGGAUGGUAUCCCUUAACAGUAUUGACGUUGUGAUGGAGGCGCUCGUCAAACGACAGGCCGACUUUGCUGGGAGACCACAGUCCUACUCGUCCUUACUUUUGAGCGAUGGGGGAAGGAACAUUGUGCUUGGCAACUACAGUCCCACGUGGAAACUGCACAGAAAGUUGGCCACGAAAGCCUUAAGACACUUCAUGACAGGAAGCAGACUCGAGGUUGGCCUGGAGCGAUCCCUCAGUAAAGGCAUCGAGCUGAUGAAACAACAAACGGGACCAUUCAACCCCCACAAUAUUAUAUCUCUAGUUGUCUUCAACAUCAUCAACAAUAUGUGCUUUAAUGAAACGUGUGACCUGGAAGACACGUAUUUUAAGGACAUGAUAUCUGGCCUAGACGCCUUCCUGCACGAAUUCGGCAGCGGCGUCCUCGAGGAUGUCAUCCCGCCUCUCCGCCUCUUCCCCACGCAGCAGCUGAAGCGGUUGAUGAAGCUGGCUGAUCAGUUCUUCGGUUACAUCAGGCGGGAUAUCGAAAAACAUAGGCGGACCUUCUCAAAGGAUAACAUUCGCGACUUCUGUGACGCUAUGCUAUUAGCCCAGGAAGAAGCGCAAGAAGAAGAGGACCCGGAAGUGAUGUCACAAAUAACAGACUCUCACGUGACCAUGACAAUGGGCGACAUUAUGGAAGCCGGGGUUGAUACGUCCCGCUACACCCUACUGUGGACGCUCUUGUACCUGGCCAUGCACCCUGACAUCCAGAAGAAGGUGCACGAGGAGGUGGAUCAGACCCUAGGUCAACGUCGAUUUCCCCGAGUGUCCGACAGGAGUGAUCUCCCCUACACCGACGCGGUGCUACAUGAGAGUAUGAGAAUUUCUACAGUCCCUCCUCUUGGCCUUCCGCAUACCACACUGUGCGAUACCAAAGUCGGGAACUACGAUAUUCCAAAAGGCACCAUGGUAAUCAUAAACCAUUACGCUCUGCACCAUGACCCGGAACAGUGGCGUGAACCGGAAGUAUUCAGCCCAGAGAGGUUUCUGGACCAAACUGGCAAGAUGGCCGCUAAACCAGAAAGUUGGCUUCCGUUCUCCGCCGGAAGGAGAGUGUGUCUCGGAGAGAGCGUGGCCAAACCCGAGCUUCACCUCUUGUUGGCUGGCAUUAUGAGACAUUUUAAAGUGUCUCUCCCACCUGGAACCAAAUUGAACUUUGCGCCAUAUGGGGGAUCCUUUGCAAAUGUGCCUCGUGGCUUUGAUAUCGUUGCAGAAUCAAGGUCAUAGCUUCUACCAUAGGUCUGUCAUUCUGUACACGGGUACUGAAUUAAUUAUUAAUUGGAUUUGCCAAAUGUGCAUGGAUGGUGAUACGUGUAAAUAAAUAUAAUUGAUUACUC